AUGACAGCCGGGCCCGCAGGUUCCGGACGAGCCUCAAGUCACUUCCGGGGCGGGGCGGGGCGGAGCGACGCCGUCGGAGGAGGUGGUGGCGGCGGUGGCGGCGGUGGCGGCGGCGGCGGCGGUGGGACCGGCGGUGGGAGCCCAGCGGGCCGCGCCUCCCUCGCGGUGGGGCCGGCUCGGAGCCCCCACCCCCGGGCCUCACCCGCGGAGCGCGAGGCUGCCUCACCGGAAACACGAGGCGGAAUUCCAAGCUAUUGUCCUUUCUCGCUUGGGGUCGCGCGCUCCCUGCGGCUGAUGGUAGUCGCGGUGCCUUCCGACAAGGCAGUGGGCCUUGUCCCCCACCCCGAGUGUGUGGAAAAACCUAGGUACACAUGCUUGGGCUUUAUUUAAUAGCAUGUCUGUGACCAAGGACCAGCUUGGAAUCCGCAGUUGGAACAGAGUCUGGCUCACCAGGACCCCCAUUCUCGCAGUCUACUCUGUUCUGACAUAAGCCAGGGAGCCUCCAUGAAGAAACAUGGGACUCGGUUCACUCACAGGGAGAGAGAGUGCUCACAUAGGGAAAGGAGCAGAGGGAGAGGGAGAAGAAG